GAUAAUAGAGAGAUUCUACUGUAUAACUAUUAUUAUAUCUCAGUUUUAAGCUGCAUGAUAAAUAACAGUGAGACAAUAUAGCUAGUCUCCAUUUUUUUAAUUUAGAACUCAAUAAUUUGACAGAUAUAACUGAAAAUAAAUCAUGAGCAUUCUUUGUCUAAUAAUCAUUGUUUUGUAAAAGUUUAGAAACAUAUGUUAGAUACAGCUUGAGGCAAUCUCAUUCGUUCUGAUAUCAAAGUCCGUCAGGUUUUCUGCAUCUGUAGCUGUCAUUGUAAAACGUUCCGAUACAUUACAUUCUGUAUAUAUAUCUUGCCUUAUUAUUUUUAAAUAAUUGCUUUGUUUUGAAUUUAUGUGAACUUAUGCUUCCCCUUUUCCUCUCAUACCAUAUGCUUACAUGUCUUAAUUACAUGUCAAAAUUCUUUAAUACAUUGUUAUUGAUUCUUUUCAUAAUUGACCCAUCAAAUAAAAUUAAAGGACGCAAGAAAUACUUAAGAAAGUGUGUUUUUAAACUAUAAUAAAGUUUUCCAACAAUGUGCCCAAUUGCAUCAGAGUGUGAUUAGUUUGUACAUGUUAUAUGUUUAAUGCCUUUGUCAACCUAUAGAAAUAAAACACAGUAACCACACACCAAAUUCCAGUAAGCUAUCGUAGAUGCAAUUUGACAAAAGUGGAUACGUCACAACUUUAUUUUAAAUAAAAUUAUUUAUAUUUUAAUUUAAAUAUCUAUAAUUUCUCUAUUUUUUAUAUUUUUUCAUUAUGCUAGUAGUUGGAAUAAACGCAAGUUGGUAUAAUAUAAGAACUGUAACGUUUGUACGCCCUCUACUGGCGGAGUCAUUCUUACAGGUACGUUCCGGUUUUUGUUUUUCAAAAACGAAACCAGGAAAUUUAUCCUGAAAGUGAACCCAGUUGUUGACCGUGCGUCUGUAUGUACAUGCAGUGAAAUGGCAGAAGCGAGUUUUUCAGAAGACCAAUUUUGUUGUCCGAUCUGUCUGGAUUUACUGAAGGAUCCAGUGGCCAUUCCCUGUGGACACAGUUACUGUAUGAUCUGUAUAACAGGUUGUUGGGAUCAGGACGAUGGUAAGGGAGUCUACAGCUGCCCUCAGUGCAGACAGGCCUUUACUCCAAGACCUAAUUUAAACAAAAACGCAAUGUUGGCUGAAGUGGUGGAGAAACUGAAGAAGACUAAAAUCCAGCAGCCGCCUCAGUCCUCUGUUCCUGCUCAGUGUUAUGCUGAUCGUGAAGAAGAUGUGAAGUGCAACGUCUGUACUGAAAGAAAAUACAAAGCCGUAAAGUCCUGCUUGGUGUGUCUAAACUCUUACUGUCAAAAUCAUCUGGAACAACACGAACAUUUCUUUAAAGACAAGAAGCACUAUUUGAUAGAUGCUACAAGACGACUGGAUGAGCUGAUCUGUAAUGAGCAUGACAGACCGCUCGAGGUUUUCUGUCGCACUGACAAGCUAUGCAUUUGCUUGAUGUGUGUGAUGGACAAACACAAAAACCAUGACACCGAAAAAGCUUUGGAAGAGAGGGGAAUUAAACAGAAACAGCUGGAUGAGAAACAGAGACAAUUUAAGGAGAAAAUCCAGCAAAGAGAGGAGAAACUUCAGGAGCUGACAGAUGCUGUGGAGUCACACAAGUGCUUUGCCCAGGCAGCAGUGGAGAACUGUGAGACAAUUUUUACUGAACUUAUUAAUUCCAUUGAGAAACGCCGCAGUGAAGUGACACAGCUGAUCAGAGAUCAGGAAAAGGCUGCAGUUAGUCGAGCUGAAGGAUUUAUGAAGCAACUGAAGCAUGACAUAGAUGAUCUGCGGAGAAGAAAUGCUGAGCUGGAGCAGCUUCCGUUUACAAAUGAUGACAUCUAUUUUCUUCAGAGUUUCCAGUCUCUCACUGUCCUUCCUGAAUCCACAAACUUAGCUGACAUCACUGUCAGUUCUUUUUUGUCUCUUGAUGAUGUGACAAAAGCUAUCUCUCUGCUAAGAGGACAACUUGAAGAUGUUUGCAAAGAGGAGAUAGAAAGUAUAUCUGAACGAGUGACAUACGUAGAAAUUGUACCCAUCCCUGAACCCAAAACCAGGAAGGAGUUCUUGAAAUAUAAACGUCAGCUCAGCCUGGAUACAAACACAACCUCUAAAAACCUCUGUCUUUCUAUGGAAAACACUUUCAUAACUUACACUGGCACAAACCAGGAGUACCCUGAUCAUCCAGACAGAUUUAGCUUUCGUCCUCAGGUGCUUUGUAGAGAGAAAGUCUGUGGACGCUCUUACUGGGAGGUUGAGUGGAGUGCGAGUGCAGAUAAUUGGGUGUCCGUAUCAGUAGCAUAUAAGAGCAUUAGCAGGAAGGGAAAUGGUAACGAAUGUAUUUUUGGAGAUAAUAAUCAAUCCUGGAGAUUGUUAUGUUGUGCCUCAGAAACUUCUCGAUUCUGGCACAAUGGCAAAAAAACGAUCUGCCCUGUAGUCUCCUCCUCUAAGAUAGGAGUGUAUGUGGACCACAGUGCAGGAACUUUGUCCUUCUACAGUAUUUCUGACACAAUGACUCUCAUUCACAAAGUCCAGACCACAUUCACUCAGCCUCUCUAUCCUGGGUUUAGGGUUAAUGAAAAAACAACAUUGAAACUGUGUGAUCUAACAGUGUAGAUAAUAGAGAGAUUCUGUAACUAUUAUUAUAUCUCAGCUUUAAGCUGAUAAACAGUGAGUCUAUAAUUUUUUUUUUCAUUUAGAUAUUAAAUUAACAGAUAUUACCAAAGUAAAAUCAUUGGCAUUUUUUGUCUAAUAAUAGUUGUUUUGUAAAAGUGGAAAAGUUGGCAAUGUUAGCUUGAGGUAAUAUCACAUUGUGUCUGAUAUCAAAAGUCAGUUAGGUUCUCUGCAUCUGUAUCUGUCCUUGUCAAAAAAAUACCUUAGCCUAAUUUUCUUUUUUCAAUAAUUGCAGUCGCUUUGAUUUUAUGUAAAGUAAUGUAUUUCUCCUUUACUUCUCAUCUUAUAUGCUUAUAUGUCUUAAUUACAUGUCCAGAUUCUUUAAUGGCUUAUUAUUGAUUCUCCUCAUAAUUAACAUCAAAUAAAAUUCAAACAC